AUGGACUCCACACCCACCGCCCCUCUGACCGACCGGUCAACAAACACCCACCUCGCUGCGAACCAGGACAAAGUGAACGAUCUCAAAACCGCGGCGGCGAAUCUGAACUCGAUGGAGUACCAUCGGUCAGUUCUGCAGGGUAAACUGCAGAACGAAGAUAAGAACCAAGCGAGCUAUGUUUCUCCGUCGGAUGAUAUCAUGAGUCCCUGCUCGAAGAAACUGAGUGAUCUCAAGGGGAAGCGGUUCAAGAAUGCUGGAAAGCCUCAGUCGCUCUUCGCCAAGCUGGGCAAGAAGAACUUUGAGCUGAACACAGCGGAACAUAAUACCAAGAACCUUGGAGAUGACAGCACGGCCUAG